CUGUUCUUAAAGGAGACGCAUCCCAAACAGGCUGAGUCUCUGCCAAAGAAAUAUGAGGUUUGCUAUAGCUUUAAGAAGUAAAUAACGCCGAAUGUUUGUAAAAUUAUAUUGAUCAUAAAACGUAACUUUUUAAUGAAUGGGCUAGUUAAUGAAGUGCUUGCGUAGUGACUGAAUUUUUACUCUUAACCGAGCUAACAAAACUUGGUCCCACUAGGGCCUUCAACGUUACGUUGGUCUUAAAUCUUCUAUCUUCACAACUAACUAAUAUCAAAGUCUGUAGUAUCAUAACAGUUAAAUAAGAGUGGAAUGGAGUCGGAGGAAGACGAGGUUUCGAGCGCUCGUCUUGGGAUUCAGACAACCGGCGACUCAACGGAGGCCGCGAAGCCAUCCACGGACUCGAUUGAACCGUCCAGCCGGAGAAGAGCAAGUAUAAGGCGCAUGACUACCGCGGUGACCUCCCCGGACUCCGGUGACUCUCGGUCUGCUACCGAGGGUCCCGUUCGUGUUUUGCGAGCCAGGGGAGCUGGUGCUGGAGCUGGCAGGUCUGCCGAGUCCAAGAAUGCUACUUGCGAGAAAAAACCUUCAAGUCUGCGCCGUGGACGUGGAAGACCUACGGGAUCACGCUCCAGAAACACACCUGUACUGCAACCAACGAGAAAGAAGUCCACAGCCAAAAAAGCAUCCAAACAUACUGCCAAAUCUAGAAAGGGCAAAGGGACACGUCCAGCCCGAGCCUCUCGCACCACACCAGCAACAGCAUGCAAGCCUGAAGAGGAGAUGGAGGCGUCAUCAUGUGGAGAGGAAACAGGUGUUUUGAAAGGAAGCAAUGACAACGUUGCAGAUCCAGACACCCUCGACGAGGACCCUCCAUUCAGAGAUGACCCAAAUGACUUCAUCUAUAAACCUGAGACGAAGACGGAAAAAUCAAGGCGGCGUACAGCGUUGCAGCAAAAGGAAGUUAAGAAAGAGGAGUCAGAGAAGGAGGAAGAAGAAAAUGACAUUAUGAAGGACGAGUCAGCCAAGAUUGCUGUGCGGAGCGAAGUGGGUGAUAACGCAGAGCCACCCAGGAAGAGAGGUAGACAACAAAAAGAUGACAAAGCCCCUCGUCUGCCGAAACGAAGGAAAAAGCCCCCAGUGCAGUAUGUCCGCUGUGAAAUGGAGGGGUGUGGUACUGUCUUGGCCCACCCACGCUACCUACAGCACCAUAUAAAAUACCAGCACUUGCUAAAAAAGAAGUACGUGUGCGAUCAUCCCUCGUGUGGGCGCUUGUUUCGCCUGCAGAAGCAGCUGUUGCGCCAUGCUAAACACCAUACAGAUCAAAGGGACUACAUCUGUGAGUACUGUGCUCGAGCCUUCAAGAGCUCCCAUAACCUGGCUGUGCACAGGAUGAUCCACACAGGAGAGAAGCCAAUACAGUGUGAGAUCUGCGGCUUCACCUGCCGUCAGAAGGCCUCCCUGAACUGGCACAUGAAGAAGCAUGACGCAGAAGCCUCCUACCAGUUCUCUUGCUCCAUUUGUGGCAAAAAGUUUGAGAAAAAGGACUCAGUCGUUGCCCACAAGGCCAAAAGCCACCCUGAGGUGCUCAUAGCUGAAGCCCUAGCAGCUAAUGGGGGCUCAGUGAUAAGCAGUCCCACCCCGGUCCCAGAGACCGUCCCAGUGCUCACCCAGCCCGACCAGCCCUCUGUCAGCCAGGAGAGCCAGGAAGCGGGGAGUGGUAUGCUCACUCCACUGCAGCAGGUGGUGCUCCCGCUCGCUCCACAGACGCAGAUUGAUGUAUCUCAAAGCCAGUUCCUCCAGCUGCCCACGCAUCAUGUGGUGCAGGUGGCACAUCAACAGCAAGCGCCCACUUUACUGCAACUCACCUCUGCUUCUCCUGCUCACCUUUCCAACACCAGCCACUCCCAGCUCAUUCAGCUCUCCACCCUUCCUGCCAGCACUGGGACCAACAUGUCCACUGUGGACCCCCAGAGCACCCUCCUCACCCUGAGCUCCGUCACCACGCUGGCCUCCACAGCCUCCCUGGCUUCCCAGCCAGGCGUGCCGUGGGGGAGGGAGGCUCACGAGGAUUCACAGCUGCCUGGGGAGGGCGAGCUGUGGGACAGGGUGGUGGUGGGUGACGGUCAUCAGGAUGUCGGGGGAAUGAUGUGGGAGGGUAACGGGGAGAGGAGGAAGGAAGAUGAGGGGAUUGUUUGGGGGAGAGAAGGAGAGAGGCAGAUUCUGUUACAGUGUGCUGAGGUUCAUGGUGAUACUUUAAUCUAGACAGAAGGCCUCAAAAUGAGCUGAAACGGCAACUUUAUGCACAGUAAGCUGAAGGAGACACACAUCAUCUUUUCACCACAAGACUGGUGAAAAGAUGAUAAGCUGACACUAUUUGACAACAUUUGAAAUAAUAGACUGUAUGAGUGUAACACCAUAGUCAUAUAUAAUACAUAGCUACAGAGAGCUACUUUACAUCAGGGAGUAUGAUUUAUAAUAUUAUAGAUUACAUACACUUCUUUUACUACUUAAUGAAUAUUUUGUAACUUUUUGGUUUUGUCACCCUUGUGUUUGUAUAUAUGUGUUUUAAUUUUUUUUUUAGAUUAAAAAUACUGAAAGAUGAUUGUACAUAUUGUACAAGAAAGUCAGAAAUGACAUUUAUGUCCUCAUAGUAUCCCUGUUGUUUAUACGCAUCUCUUUGUGAGGUGAAUGGAUGAGUAUCAUAGGCAGAAUCGGGUUAACUAGUUUCAGUUACUUUAAAGUUACAGAGAAAAUGUGCUGUGAGCAACAUAACGUGGUUCUCGGUGUAAAAGAAUCUUAAGACAUUAAAAAAUGUGUUGGGUGUUAAAGUCUGGACCUUUAGACAAAGCUGAUUGGUCUGCUUUGAGUUGAGGUUUUGCCAAAGAAAUCACAGACACAAUCUAAAAUAAGUAGUUUCUGAAAUUGUUUAAGAAAAACAAGAUGUUCUUCUUGCCAAAUGAGGCAGCUGACCUUUUCAACUGCAGACAUUUUGAGUUGUCAUAUUAGUAAAAGUGCAGGUGUUGCUAGUAACUCCAGUCAGUCUUGACAAUGUGACAGUCAGCCAGCAAGCACAAAACAAAGUCAAAACGCCUUUUGUAAAACAGUCCUUCCUUGUUUGAUUGUAUUCACUUUCAGGGACCCUCAGUCAUGUCACUUCCUCUCCAGAUUGUACUCUGUUCCAUGUGAUUUAACUACCUAUUCUUGCUUUAAUAAGUUUUCACAGUUAAGACUAUGCAGGCAGCAGUAUUUAAAUGGAAAUAGUUUUUGUCAGCAAUUUUCUUUCCAAGCAAAUCAAUAAUAUACCUCUGCAGACUGCCACCACUACUGAGCACUCAUAAUCUUACAAUCUUAAUUUAUCAGAAAAUGUAUU